ACUAGAGAAAAAAAAUAAUAAAGAGAGAAACAAAGAUUUCUUCUUCUUCUUCUUCUUUAAAUUUUCUUUGAUAAGCUCUGUGUGUAUCAAUGGCUGGUGUUACUGGAAUCUUAAAGCUUGAAGCUUGGAGUAUCUUGUGAAGAAGAAAGAAGAAAAAACCAAACCUUUCUGGGUUUUUUUUUUCUUGAAGUUUCUUUUUUCUUUUCGUUUCUUUAUUAUUACAAGAAGUAAUGGCAUGUCGGAGUAUGAUCGCUUUUAGUUUAGAUCCUGAGAGAAAACAAAGUGGAGGACUUCGAACAAAACAAGCUGGAAGAGGAUCUUGCCGUGGAAGUUAGUCCUUUGUUCAAAAUCCAUUUUCCUCAAAUCUUCUUAAUUUUGAAAUUGCACUGUUGUAAGUGAAAAGAUUAGUUCUUGUUGGAGCUGAAGUGAGAGUUGAAAGAGUAAAGAGAAGAAAGAAGCUAUGGGGGUUUUGUUAAGAGAAGCUUUGAGGUCUAUGUGUGUUAAUAAUCAAUGGUCUUAUGCUGUUUUUUGGAAGAUUGGUUGUCAAAAUUCUAGCUUGUUGAUUUGGGAGGAAUGUUAUAAUGAAACUGCAUCUAGCUCACAUCCAAGAAGAGUGUGUGGACUUGGUGUUGAUACACAAGGGAAUGAUAAAGUUCAGUUACUUACAAAUAGGAUGAUGUUGAACAAUCGAAUCAUUUUAGUCGGUGAAGGGUUAGUUGGCCGAGCUGCUUUUACUGGACAUCAUCAAUGGAUUCUAGCUAAUAGUUUCAACCGCGAUGUUCAUCCACCUGAGGUUAUAAAUGAGAUGCUUCUCCAAUUCUCUGCUGGUAUUCAGACUGUUGCAGUUUUUCCUGUUGUUCCUCAUGGUGUUGUUCAACUCGGCUCCUCUCUGCCUAUUAUGGAGAACUUGGGGUUUGUGAAUGAUGUGAAGGGUCUUAUACUGCAACUAGGAUGUGUUCCUGGAGCUCUCUUAUCUGAAAAUUACAGAACAUAUGAACCUGCUGCUGAUUUUAUUGGUGUGCCAGUGUCCCGGAUGGUACCUUCUCAAGGACACAAGAUUCUCCAAUCAUCGGCUUUUGUAGCUGAAACUAGCAAACCACAUUUCAACUCCACUGGAUCAUCAGAUCAUCGAGAUGAUCAAAUGGUUGAAGAAGCUCCCUCUAAUCUCGUGGAUGAACAGAUCAACCAAGCAAAUAUGAGAGAGAGAAAUGAUGGAGGAUGGCAAAAUACAAUGGGUUAUAUACCAGCUCCGGAAGUUGCAGUACCCUCGAAUCCAGAUGCAUGGCUGAAUCAAAACUUCUCUUGUAUGUCUAAUGUGGAUGCAGCAGGGCAACAAAUCCAGUGUGAUGACAUCAGUUCCAAACGCUCGCUUGGAAGCGAUGACUUGUUCGAUAUGUUGGGUUUGGAUGAUAAGAAUAAAGGUUGUGACAACAGUUGGGGGGUUUCACAGAUGAGAACAGAAGUGCUCACUAGGGAGUUAUCUGACUUUAGGAUCAUUCAAGAAAUGGAUCCUGAGUUUGGCUCUUCGGGGUAUGAACUUUCAGGAACAGAUCAUCUGUUAGAUGCUGUGGUCUCGGGUGCUUGCUCCUCCACAAAGCAGAUCUCGGAUGAAACAUCUGAGUCUUGCAAAACCACUUUGACUAAAGUUAGUAAUUCUUCGGUUACCACGCCAUCUCAUAGUAGUCCUCAAGGUAACCAGUUAUUUGAGAAGAAAAACAGGCAAGCAGCGGGGCCAUCAUCAGUCUACGGGUCUCAGAUCAGUUCUUGGGUUGAGCAAGCGCACAGCUUGAAGCGCGAGGACAGUCCAAGGAUGAUGAAUAAGAAUGAAACUGCAAAACCGGCUAACAACCGUAAAAGGCUUAAACCAGGAGAGAACCCAAGACCAAGGCCUAAAGAUCGCCAGAUGAUUCAAGAUCGUGUCAAGGAGUUGCGUGAAAUCAUACCAAACGGUGCAAAAUGUAGCAUUGAUGCACUCCUUGAACGUACAAUAAAGCACAUGCUCUUCUUGCAAAAUGUCUCGAAGCAUGCUGAUAAGCUGAAACAAACCGGGGAAUCCAAGGUUAUGAAAGAGGAAGGUGGAGGAGCAACAUGGGCAUUUGAAGUUGGGUCAAAGUCUAUGGUGUGUCCAAUUGUCGUAGAGGAUAUAAACCCGCCUCGCAUUUUCCAAGUUGAGAUGUUAUGCGAACAACGAGGAUUCUUCCUAGAAAUCGCUGAUUGGAUCAGAAGCUUAGGUUUAACGAUCUUGAAGGGUGUCAUCGAAACUCGAAUAGACAAGAUUUGGGCUCGCUUCACUGUCGAGGCGAAUCGAGACGUGACAAGAAUGGAAAUCUUUAUGCAACUAGUGAAUAUCUUGGAGCAAACAAUGAAAUGUGGAGGCAACUCUAAGACUAUUUUGGAUGGUAUCAAAGCUACAAUGCCUCUACCGGUUACUGGUGGCUGUUCAAUGUAAACCAACACAAAUUCUAAACCGUACCGGAUUGGUUAAAAUUCAUAUAGAGGUUACGAGCGGACCGCUCUCAAGGACUUAGGCUCGCUAUGACUAACUUAAAACAAGUCAGUCUGAAAACAAAGAUGGAAUUAUUUCUAAGUGUUUUUUUUUUGUUUCCACUCUUUUUUUGUACUUUUUGUUUGUACAUUUUGCGAUUUUUGGGAAUUAUCUAUCAUUUUGUGUGGAUUUUUUUUUUGUUCACUUUUUAAUUUUAUGUUUUGGACUUGUAAAUUUUUUUAAGUUGAAAUUAUUCUCAACCAGUAA